AUUAUCUUUGGUUUGUUGUCGUCUGCAGAUCACUGACAAGUUGCAUCUGUGGAUCGUAUAUGAGGAUGUGUUUACGCGAACACAGCUUCAGUGCUGUGAGUGGUGUUGGCGUCAUUGUAAGGUGGAAGUGUUUGAAGUGGAAGUAACUGUGGUGAUUGUCUCCAUUCCAGUUUCUUAUUUUUGAACAAGAAUGCCAAAUAAAAUGCGUUUAAUGAAACGAUUACUUCAUCAACGUAUGCCGAUAACAUCAUGGCUGCCACAGUACAAUUCCGAGAAAUUUAUUAGUGAUAUUAUUGCUGGAGUAACUGUAGGAUUAACUGUGAUGCCUCAGAGUUUGGCUUAUGCUACACUGGCUGGCUUAGAACCACAGUAUGGUUUGUACUCAGCAUUUGUAGGCUGUUUUGUAUAUGCUGUAUUUGGAAGUGUAAAGGACAUCACUAUCGGGCCUACUGCUCUGAUGGCAUUGAUGACAUAUCAGCAGACAUCAGACCUGAAUGUUGAUUUUGCCAUCCUCUUAUGUUUCUUUACUGGUUGUGUGCAGAUGCUUAUGAGUUUACUGCACUUAGGUGUGCUGAUAGACUUCAUUUCAAUCCCUGUAACAGUUGGAUUUACAUCUGCAACUUCAGUAAUCAUUGCAUGCUCACAGUUGAAAGGUCUACUUGGUCUGAAGUUCAAAGCGUCAGGUUUCAUUCCCACUGUGAAAGCAGUAGCAAUGCACAUACAUGAGACAAGGCUGUGGGACACAGUACUUGGUUUCACAUGUAUAGUCAUCUUGUUAGGAAUGAGAAAACUGAAAGAUGUGAAACCAGGGCCAGCAUGGGCAAAUCGAUCUAUGUGGCUUUUGUCUACUGCUCGCAAUGCUUUAGUAGUUCUACUGUGUUCAGCUCUAGCUUACAUGUUGGUUUCUGAUGAUGGAACUGCACCUUUUCUGCUGACAGGAACUGUGAGAUCUGGUCUGCCAAACUUCGGGUUUCCUCCUUUCAGCACAACUAUUGGAAAUACAACAUAUUCAUUUGGUGAGAUGUGUGGACAGCUUGGCUCAUCUAUCUUUCUUGUGCCUGUUAUUGGUGUCUUAGGAAAUGUUGCCAUUGCAAAAGCUUUUGCUAGUGGAGAAUCUGUUGAUGCAACACAGGAAAUGUUGGCCCUUGGACUGUGCAACAUCUUUGGUUCAAUGGCAUCAUCUUUCCCUGUGAGUGGAUCUUUUUCACGUAGUGCUGUGAACCAUGCAAGUGGUGUUAAGACACAGUUGGGAGGCAUUUAUACUGGUUCCCUGAUUUUAUUGGCACUUAGUCUGCUAACACCUUACUUCUAUUACAUUCCUAAGGCAUCCUUGGCAGCUGUUAUCAUAUGUGCUGUGAUCUUCAUGAUAGAGUAUGAAGUGGUGAAACCAAUGUGGAAAUCAAGUAGGAAAGAUUUAGUACCAACAUUUGUUACUUUUGUGGCAUGCCUGGUAAUUGGUGUGGAACUUGGUAUACUGAUAGGAGUUGCCAUAAAUAUAUUGUUCCUGUUGUACCCAUCAGCCAGGCCAAGCAUUACAGUGGAACGAGCAAUGACUAAGGCAGGACAGGAAUACUUGUUGGUGAUACCAGGGAACAGUCUAUACUUCCCUGCGGUAGACUUCAUUCGCACAAGUGUAGGACGUGUUGCUGUACAAGAAGGGUCAAGUCAUCUACCAGUCAUUGUGGACUGUCGUUAUGUAUUGGGUGCAGACUUCACUGCAGCAAAGGGAAUAGCAGCACUCAUAGAGGAUUUCAACAAAAGAAAACAGCCAAUAUAUUUUCUAAAUCCACACCCUGAUGUUGUAUCAGUUUUUAAGGGAGCAAGUCUGGAAGAAUUUGUUCACAUUUGCAGCGCAGAAGAGCUUGAACAGAACUUGAAAGUAAACAAUGAAGAAUUCACGGGAGAAGAAGUGAAAAUGAAUGGAUUUGAUCUUAAAGAGGUGUCCAUAACGCAGGAUGGGAAUACUUACUUGCCAUUACCCCGAACAGAUGCUGUAGAUGGCCGAAGACGCUUCAGCAACAGUGUACCACUGCUGACAGAACAAAACAGACAGUUUUAUACAACAUGAGACUGGAAUGCCUAGUAAAACUACUUCACUAAAGCUGUCUCUCAAACAUGGUGUAGAUGCAAUCUGUAAUUGCAGUGACUAAUACUUUGCUUUGGGAAGGUGGUUUAUCUCCUUAUUUUCAUCUGAAACAUUGUUCAAUACUAUAAUGUUAAUUCCAUGGCAUAAUUUUGAGAGAAAAAUGUGCCAUUUCACUUAAAGGGAAUCAGUGCUGAUCUUUGACAUUACUUUUACUUGAAAGCAACUUUAUCUUUCAGCUUCUACAAAACUUGUAAAACUUGUGUGGAACUCGCUCACUGAAGUGAAAACAUUUGAAAAUGUUUCUUUUGUUUCAUUUAUAUUUCUUACAGUUAGAAUGUUACGUUUGGAAGAACAUAUGAAGUGGAUAUCAUUCUCAGAACUCAUAUCAGUGUUACUCAGAAAAUAUCAUAAAUG